CGUCGCUGUUCCGUGAUCUCCACAUAAAACAACACAAACCAUUCAACAAUUAUAUAUUCUCAUAUUGGGCAAUGGUGAAUGCAACCCAAGCCUCAAAACCCGCCAUUGAGCCGCCAGCUACUGGCGCAAACAUGCACAUAGACACGGAAGCGAACCAAGCUGCCAACCUGGCAAUGCUGCCACCAGCUUCUAGGGCUUCCGUUCCAACAGAAGAUGCCGAUAAUCCAUCACCAGCACAUUCUACUGAGACGAUAAGGACGGAUGAUGUGGAAGAAAUAGACGGACGCGCCCGCCAUGACAUGGAGAUUCGAAAUCAUCACGAUGACUUUUCAGUUGGAAAUGAACCGGACUCAGACGAAGAGGAAGAGGAAGAGUAUAGCUAUGGCUACACACCACUAAAUAGUGGGUAUGAGCCGUUGGGCGGUGACGCAGACGGGGAAGACGAGAUUGACGGACAAGGAGAGCCAACGACAUUACAGUCACAACUCAAAGCACCCGAGCCUUUAACAAUAACAAUGGACAAAAAUUCCAUUAUUGACAAUGAUGAUUUGACCAUAAUCCAAUCCGUCAUGUCUACAAUAACGAUACCAGAGUCGGCCAUACCAGAAUGGGCGAAAGCAGUCCCAGAAGAGCAAUGGCUACCCAAGCUGAUAAUCGAUUGUCCUAAUACUUCGAGUGACGUAUCUACCCCUUCGGGAAGAUGAUACCAUUAGCCGAAAAGGCCAACGAGCUCGUCCACUGUCAUCUUCUUUGAUUUCUUAAAGUUGGCGUCUCCGAGCGCUCCAUCGAUCAAAUCUCGCUGUACAAACGAUAUAAAUAUGUGAGGUAGGAACAGUGGGACGAAAAUACAAGGUAACUACGGCCAUACCUUCUUCUUCUGCAAAGCCAAGAUCCGAUCUUCGACCGUUCCCUCGACAGCGAGUCGAAUGACCGCAACAUUUCGCGUUUGGCCAAUUCUGGAACAUAGGCAGGAUGAGCAGGCAGGCCAUCGAUAGCCAUACUGAUAAAACGCUAUAAAUUAUUACCGAUGCACCCGAUCAAUUGCUUGAUCUAUGAUAAGCGCAUCAUUAGUGAUGGAUAUUGAAUGAAG